UUACAUUAUUCAAUAACUCAUCUCUCUAUAUGUACAUACCCUAGUUCUCACUAUUAUCAAAUCCCUCCUCAAUUGUUGUAUUCAUCAAUUGAAAAAUGAGGACCAAAACUCAAUCUUCUGUUAAUCUAAAGGUCAUAUACAUAUGCUGCUCAAUCUUGAUCUUUCUAAUCAUCUUCUUUGCAAGAUCAAACAUCUCUUCAAAGUCCAUCUCCAAAACCAAUCUCUCCCAAGAAAAAGAAGAAGAAUAUCAGCAUAAACCAGAAGGAUGUCCAUCAACACAACAAUGCACAAAGAUGCCAAUUUCUUUAUCAGACGCAUUGGUUCACUACGUCACCAGUAACAUUACUCCACAACAGACAUUCGACGAAGUCUCUGUCUCAAAGAGAGUCUUGGACAAGAAGUCUCCUUGUAACUUCCUCGUCUUUGGCUUAGGUCACGAUAGCUUGAUGUGGGCAUCUCUCAACCAUGGUGGUCGUACCUUGUUUAUCGAAGAAGACAAGGCUUGGAUUGCGAUUGUGACUAAAAAGUUCCCAAAUUUAGAAUCUUACCACGUCGUUUACGACACAAAAGUGAAAGAUUCGGACAAGUUGAUGGAGCUAGGAAGAUCAGAGGAGUGUAGAUCCGUGUCCGAUCCGAGAAAUUCGAAAUGCGAUCUAGCGUUGAAAGAUUUUCCGGCGGAUUUUUACGAAACGAAAUGGGAUCUGAUAAUGGUGGAUGCUCCGACUGGUUACCACGAAGAAGCUCCGGGGAGGAUGAGCGCUAUUUACACGGCGGGGCUUUUGGCUCGUAACCGUGAAGACGGAGAAACCGAUGUUUUUGUACACGACGUUAACCGGCCGGUGGAAGAUGAGUUCUCUGCGACUUUCUUGUGUAAAGGAUAUAUGAGGGAGCAAAACGGGAGGCUGAGACAUUUCACCAUUCCUAGCCAUCGGGCUCGAGCUGGAAGACCGUUUUGUCCGGUGGAUGUUAAUCGUCGCCGUUAAUUUUUGGCCGGGAAAUACGUUUGCGGCGGAGAUCGAUGCAGUUCACCGGACUCAGGGCCGGUUAAUUGUUUUACCUAGUGGACUCAGAGCGACUUUGCUUAGCUGGCAUUUUUAUUUUAUUUUGGUGUGUGUUUUUGCUUUAUCUUGAUUAUUAAUUACGGGGUUCAGUACAUUUACUGAAGCGGUAUAUUAAAACAUACUAUUCGUUUUUAACCAAA